CUGAUUGCACUUCUAUGCGAGAUUGUUUGUUCUCAUUUAUUGUAAUGUAAAAGGCUUUCUGUCCACUCGUCUGUUUGACUGCCGACUGAACAGGACACGAACGAGCUUUGCUCCGGUAGAAUCCAAGAUGCCUUCCUUCAAAGUUGUGUACUUCGACGCUCGCGGAAGGGCCGAGCCGACCCGUGUGAUGCUAGCUCACGUCGGCCAGGCGUUCGAGGAUGUCCGAUACAAGAGCGAAGAGUGGGCUAAGGUAAAAGCCGAGACUCCGUUGCAGCAGCUACCCUUACUGGAGGUCGAUGGCAAGCCUAUCCCACAGAGCCGGGCCAUGCACGGCUUCGUCGCAAGGCAUUUCGGCUUAAAUGGCGCAAACAACGAGGAGACGACGAAAAUUGACAUCGUGCUGGCCAUCACCGAGGACCUCGUAGACCCGCUGGCCAAGAUUUUGUUCUACGAAAAAGAUGAGGCCCAGAAGAAGGAGAAAAUGGCGGCUUACUUGAAAGACACAGCUCCCAGAUUCUUGAAGGGACUGGAAGAUAUCUUGAAACACAACGGUGGUGGCGAUGGCUUCUUCGUUGGCUCAAAGAUCUCUCGGGCCGACAUUGUCUACCUCGUUGCCGCGGAAGCGUUCAACAACGACGAGGUCCUGAAACAGUACCCGAAGCUGUACGCCUUGAAGGGACGCGUUGCCCAGGACGCCAACAUCGCUGCUUACUUGGCCAAGCGUCCCAAAACACAAUUUUAAACAGAGACACAAAAUGUCUACUCAACUUCGGCCAGAAGAAAUGAUGAUGUGAAUAUUCCAUAUACCUCUCUGAAUGUGAUAUAAUUUUAAUGUAGAAUUCAGCAUGUGCGUGACGUGCACUGGUUCAAAUGUUUGUGCUGUUUGUUUAACUCUUGAGGGCGCUGUACCCUAUGAGGUCAAAGAGGUCAAUAGAAUACUAAUACCAAAAAGACGUGAUUAUGUGAAACACAGCUUAGAACAUUUGAUAAAUGUAAAUUACUUUGUCGUUAUGAUCAAAACUGAUUCCACAAAAUAUAAUGUGUAGGCAUGAACGUUUAACUUCAUUCGUGUAUGCGGUUGUAAACGGUACGAUGGUUUGAAUAAAUGACCGGAAGUGAUGCUUGUGGGUCAAUUGGACAUAGGCCUAAA